GUAUUUCUAUCUGUAUGGAAUGAAGUCUCUCAGACAUAUGCAAACGAUGUGCCGACAUUACCAGUGAUCCCGUCCUCUCUACUCCCACUUACUACACGCCCCUACUCUGAAAUGGAGAAGUACUGCCUGGAUUCUCUUUCCAACAUCUCAGAACAGCAUGGCAUGUUCUGUAACAUCACGUUGCUAAAUGUUACAGGAAAUGACACUGGAACCAAGUCCAUUGAAGACAGACUACUGGAAGUUCUAGGGCCGAAGCGCUCCCCCGUCUUUCUCCCUAUCUCCCUGGUUUACCUGCUCAUCUUCCUCCUGGGCGUGUCUGGCAACCUGCUCACAUGCACAGUGAUAUCCAAACACAAGAAGAUGUGCACCCCCACCAACCUGUACCUGUUCAGCCUGGCUGUGUCAGACCUCCUGGUGCUCUUCUUUGGGAUGCCCCUGGAGAUCUACGACCUGUGGCAGAACUACCCCUUCCCCUUCGGAGAGGGAGUCUGCUACUUCAAGAUUUUCCUCUUCGAGACUGUAUGCUUUGCCUCCAUCCUCAAUGUGACAGUGCUGAGUGUGGAGAGGUAUAUCGCAGUGGUCCAUCCACUAAAAACACGCUAUGUUGCCACCAACAAGCAUGCCAAGCGUGUCAUCAGUGCUGUAUGGGUGCUGUCCCUGGUUUGUGCCAUCCCUAACACCUCCCUGCAUGGCAUCUACUACUUGAAUCUCCCGGAGAAGGUGGCAGAGUCAGCCAUAUGCAGUUUGAUAGGUUCCCCGUGGAUCUACAACCUGGUGAUUCUGAUCACCACCGCAUGCUUCUACAUUGUUCCCGUGACGGUGAUCAGCGGGCUGUACCUGGGGAUUGGUAUCAAGCUGGGCAGGGAGCGACACCUCUCCCGGGGGACGAUGAGGAAGAACUGUAGCGCUAACAUCAGCUGGAGAAUCCAUGUGGAGCAAGUGCGCAGGAGACAAGUCACCAAGAUGCUUGCUGUGGUCGUGCUGGUGUUUGCCAUCUGCUGGGCACCUUUCCACAUUGACCGGAUCCUGUGGAGCUGCAUCAUGCAGUGGUCUGUCUGGACAGACCUCAACCAAGCCGUGUACCAGUGUGUGCACCUCCUUUCAGGCAUCCUCUUCUACCUCAGCUCUGCAGUCAACCCCGUUAUCUAUAACCUGCUCUCCACACGCUUCCGGGAAUGCUUCUGGGAUCUCGUCUGCACCCAUACAGAAGACACCACUGCUGGAAAAGAUUUCACACCCUCCGCCAAGAUCCUGCUGGUCCCCUCGGGCCCAGUUCCUAAGACCCAAGCCAGGCCCAGUGACCACAACUCCCUCACUCCCCUGUUAUCUCCAAUUGGGAACACAGAGAUCACAACACUGACAAGUAAACAUUUGUGCGUGGUAGACUCUGACUUCACUGCUACUGCUUUUUAAUCAUAUUUCAUAUUUAAUGCAGAGAUGUAGACUCGAAUCACGUGACUUGGACACUUAAUUUCCUGUUAAAUUCUGUUAUUACACCGUGAA